AUUAUUAAGAGGAGGAGAUGAACAUGGUGUAUAAAGGAGUAAAAACUGUAGAAUCAAAGAAGUGGCAAUAUACUUAUACUGAGGUGUUGGAAAUCACCAACAACUUUGAAAUGAUCAUUGGGAAGGGAGGAUUUGGAACUGUUUACUGUGGUCAGAUGAAAGAUGGCAAUAAAGUUGCAGUCAAGAUGCUUUCUCCAUCUUCAGCUCAGGGGCCAAAGGAAUUUCAAACUGAAGCUGAACUUUUGAUGACUGUUCAUCACAAAAAUUUGGUAUCCUUCAUUGGCUAUUGUGAUGAAGGUGACAAGAUGGCACUCAUAUACGAGUACAUGGCCAGUGGCAACCUGAAAGAUUGCCUCUCAGAGAGCAUGUUUCAAUGUGACUUAUAUGAUUGCAGAUAAAAAUUCACAUUGUUUGAGUUGGGAAAGGAGACUUCAAAUAGCAAUUGAUGCUGCAGAGGGUCAGUAUAUCUUCACUUUUAAGGAAGCCACUAGUCCUUCUAUAUUUCUACUUUUUGCUUUUAAAUUCUUAUAUUUGGAUAUUUUCUUACUUUCAUACUUGUAAUAUGUAUGGUCUAAAUAUUUUCUUACAGGCAAACGUUAGUUGAUAUUCCCUUCGGAAUGAAAUAUAAGCAAAAAUAGUAUCUGAAAAGUUGAUCUAUCUGGUUACAAAUAAGACCAGAUACAAUUUUUGCUUAUAUUUCAUUCUAUAGUAAUAUAUUAGUAUUUUCUCAUUCACCAAGGUUUUAACCCUAAUCUUUUCACUCCUUCAACUCAUUUGAUAGGUUGAAAUGACAUCCUUCUUUCAAACAU